UCGCACGUGUUUCCUGUCUCCUCCCGACACGCUGACACACGGACGGACAGACGCACUCACACACGCACGCGCUCCAGGCCACUCCGCUGCCGCGUCUCCCCUCAGUCGGUGAUCUUCAACUGGCGGUGUUCGCUUGUUAUAUUCAUUAUCAUCGUUUCUACUUUCCGUUUUGAAUUCGAUGGAUGUUUCUGUGUGAUUAAGGAGAUAUAUAUACGUAUAUGUUGUUACUGUGACGUGGUGUUUAUGUAAUAGUGUUCGAGUGUGCGAUACGGACUCAGGAAGAGAAGUCAUGUGUUGUGUUUAGAACCUCGAUACCUGUUGAUGUCAAACAGUGAGCCAAUUCCUUCUGUUUUGAAGACGUGAUAGUGGGUGUGUGUGACGUGAACAAAAAUACGAAAGGGAAGAACUGAAUACUAGAAUAAGAAAACGAAGGAAUAACAGAAUAAGAGAGAAAAGAAGAGGAGGUAUUUUACCUGCGACUCGACUUGACCUGCCAAGACCCCAAAGUUUAAGACGUCAUGCUGUCCACUCAGGUCAGCGGACAGGUCACGGCCUGCAUACUUCUGGGCUUACUUAUGACCUGUUUUGACCCAGGAAGCUGCGUGUGUUACUUCAGCCUCGAAUACCAAGGAGUUUACGCCACCCAGAGCAUCAUCAGCGGCGGCUCGACCAUCCAGUACCUCGAGGUCGCCAUCGAAGCCGAUUCUAUCCCUAUUUGGGGGAACUGUCACCGUCGACUAGGAAAUAAUGUUAUUCUCUAUGACACCACCGGCGGAACGGACUGCGUGCGCUGUUUCCACCUGCAGUUCCGCUCAAAGCAUAUCCUGGAAGUGCACAACGAAGGGCUGCAGAAAUGCUACACCAAUGAGGACGCCGCACUGCAGACCUGCCCGACGCUUGAGGACAUUCGCAACAGGCAGACGAGGGAGAUUAUGUUGUAUAAAACCACCACGAUCGAGGGCCAGGCACUUGACCCCGUUUACUGCCCACUUAACGGUCGGUUUCGCAUGACCUACAACAUAAACGACGGCCGGGAGAGUGCCACGGAGUGCCCAGAACCGACCUCGACCCUCGCUAACUGCCCGAGAGGAAAUGCCUUCACUAUGGACCUCCAUCGCUGUAGUUUCGGGGACUUCUCCAAGAGCUACGAGUGCCUGGGAGACUGGGAAGGCACCGACGGGCAGCGCUACUUGGCACUCCAUGACCCGACCGCUCUCGCUGCUGCCGACGCCGACCCGCCUCCCCCCCGGUUCCGAUGCGCUAUGUACAAGGUCGAGGAAGGGACAGGCAGCAUCUUCCUCUCUCUUUCCUACGACUCCACGUGCAUCAACAAGCUCAAUUCCGCCUGGGAAGGAUACGAGACGCUUGUUCUCACGCCCACGCCCCUCCAGGACCCGGCAUCUGAGGCAACGGCAGCCAAUUGCCAAUACCCGGACUGGGCACAGGGGCAGUGGGAGAACCUCAAAGUGGAGGGCAACCAGCUGACCUACACUGACCUCAUCUCCUACAAGACCUACCGGGCGUAUUGCCUUGAAGAGGAGAUCGCUGGCUUGAUCCCAGUCUACACGCAGUCUCAGUGCGGCGACGAGGCCUUCACGUGCCUGGCGAUGCAGGAGAGAAGUUCCAACGUCAUGGAGUUUCAGAUCAGUCCUGACGUGAAGACGAAGUACGAGGUCGGCCUGUGCUCCUCGCCCGCCUCGCUCACCUGGGACGCCUGGGUCACUCAAGGGCGCGUCGACAGGUUUAAGCAGUCCCCUUGUCCUGUAGCAGGCGAAUACACAGGUGUUAUCCCAGAUGCAACGAUACUGUGCGCCAAGUUAUAUUCUGACUGCAAUAACCCUGAGAUCAUGUUCUACACUGUGUUUUCGUGUUAUAACCGCUCUGAAGUCAUUGAAGAACGCGAGUACCGGUGCCUCGGCCAGUGGAGCGAGACCACCGUCACCUACACUUACACGGAGCGGCGAGACCAGGCAGGCUACGAGUGUUUCGCGGGCGUCGUGGUGAGCGAUGGCGAGAUCUACAUCAUGGAGGCGGGUGUCAACUGCCAGAGGGGGCUGGAGGCGCUGUCCUACGGGAUGAAGCUAGUGAAGCAAGCGCCCUGCCUGAACGACGCCGCCAUGGCCCCACGCCCAUACACGCCCCCGCCCCCCCACACGCCCUGGUGGAACGGCACGCGCAACCCGUGGACCAAGAAGGCCUCCUCCACCACGCCCAAACCCGCGAGGAAGGACACACCAAAGGGCGGCGUGUCUCCUCGCGCUCCGACGCCCAUCCUCAUCCCCGUGGGCGUCCUGGCCGUGCUCUUGGUCUUCUGCCGGGUGUGGGCGUAGGUGGAGCUCGUGACGUCAUUGGAGAUUCCUGUUUUUUUUUUUUUCCUCGAAGCAAAUUGAUUUUCUUUUUUCGUCGUGUUGCUCCGCCCACUCCUCUCGCUUGCUGUGAAAAUGCAUUAUGGGAAUGUUUAAGAUUCUGAGCAUUAUUGUAUACUAAAACAUUGCAUUUUUUAAAAAGAUAUAUGCAUUACUUUAUACCAUAUCGUGAGGAAAGAGAGAGAGAUAGAAAAAGAGAUUUCAACACAUGCAUAGCAAGUAACGAUGAAAUUAGAAAGUUUGACUUCGAUUUAAGUCCCAUUGGCGUUUCUCCGGAUAAGCUCCGGUCUACUUACCAAAAGAACGAAUGAUAUUUUAUGAUAUAUAUAUAUAUAUAUAUACUAUAUACAUAUUACUGUUUUUUUUUCAAAUACGAAUGACUGUGCUCUUCAAAAUUCGCUUAGCUGCGGAGCUUCGAGGGGAAUUCACGCAACGCCAGCUUUUAGAAAGAUAUUUAUAUAUGGACAUUUUAGUGUCACCUCCGACCGCACCGAAACCUGAAUCCAUUUUAGCGCCGUUAGUUGAUUACCUUUGAUUUCGAUGAUUUUGGGAUCCGUUCUAUCUCGACUGUAAGAGGGUGGGACUGCUUAUCAUUACUGUUAUUGUCAUUAUUACUCAAUCAUUAUCUUAUGAUCAUUAUUCAUUAGUUCUGUUUAAAUACAAUUGUGAAAUCAUCAAUUUGAUUUCCCUUUUUGAAAGCUUCGUUGAUCUCUUGUUUCUAAUAGAGUAAAAUAAUAUUGAAAAAAAAAAUAAAAAUAAAAAUAGAUAUAUACUAGAGAUGCGGCCACUCUAGUCUGGCAACAGUAUAUAACGAGAUAAACUUUAAUUAAGAUUCUAUUGCACAAUGAUGAUUUUUUUCCUCCUAUAUCACUGCUCAAGAAAAUAUUAGUUUAUAGAAACAAUUGAUUUGCAACUGACGUCUCUGUGGGUACGACGCUCGGUUUGCAGUGUUAAAGAAAAACAUUUAUUCAUUAGUAGAGUUAGAAAUAAAUAAAUAAAUGUAUACGGAUUUAGCAUCGGAAAUCUUACAUACAGAUCACCAAUUAUUAUUAAAUUUCAGUUUGAAUCGCUCAGGGAAUGACUUCAGGCAACUUCAGUAAAUAAUAACUUCAGAUUGUUUUUUGAAAGUUACAUUUUUACUUAUUUUUUAAUUAUUAUUAUUUUAUUUAUUUAUUUAGUUAGUUUUUGCGUUUAACGAUUAAAUAUCAAAUUCAAAAGAUUAAAUCAAUACUUCGUAUCAAAAAAAAUAUCCACUUAACCCUAAGGUAUAUCUAAUCACUUUGAAGCAUGAUCAAUUAUGUUAAUAAAUCUGGAUGUUGUAAUUUAACCCGAAAAGAAGUUUUAGAAAAUAACACGAUACUGAGGCGUCGAUCCCGAGAGACCGAAGUUGCGUCGUCCAAAGUUACGUUGGUUAAGUUAUCCUUUGUUAUAGUCAUUCAGCUUUAUUUUACUGCAGUAUUAUGUUUAGGUUGUAUGUUUCGUAAUCCGUUUAUGUCUCUUUCUUCCUUCUUUUCCUGUUUUCUCUUUUUCUCGUUUAUUUUCUCCCGUAUCCAAGUAAGCAUUUUUUUUUUUUUUUUUUUU